UUAUACCAUUUGAUAUUUUGACCCAGAAUUAUAUCAAUUCACUAUCGUUAAGUUACACGGAAUAUGGAAUAUGGAAGGAUCUGGUAUGGAUUUAAAACUAUUGUUUGUGUUAUUUGUAUUACUUUUUAUUUUUUUGUAAUUGUAUUAUUUUUCUUACAUUUUAAAAUCUUGUGCAAACCGCAAGGUGACGUCGUUUACGCUUUACAAAUUACAAUAGGUAAGUUUUUGAAAUUAAUUUCCCGUACAGCAGUAAAAUUAGAAAAAAUAAUUAAGAACCAGUUCAUAUAUUAUAUUUUGUACUAUGAUAUAGUGACCUCAGUUACUAUUCACGUUCCAAGUCCAAUCCGAUGUGUAAUAGUCGGAAGUACUUCAAUAUUUACGUUCAUUUAAUAUUGAUUAAUGGUUAUUAACUAGUAUACAACAGUUUGAAAUGAUUCACAUAACAUUUUUACUAUAUGCAUAUUAGUUAUUGAAUACCUACGUUUAACUUCAUCGUGUUAAAAGUAAAAUAAAUAAUAAUAUUAUCAUUUUUUUUAAUAUAUAAAAUACAAUAAUGGUUUUAACAGUUUCAUUAGUGCACAUAUUCCAGCAACCAUUUCAAACAAUUAAAACUUACUACAAUCAAAUCAGACAAAAAGACGAUGUUGUUAAAAUUUCAGAAUUAAUUGAUGCGCACAUCGAAAUACUUAUUGAAGAAGAAUGUUGGUAUGACGAAAAAGGUCAAAAAUUUUGGGCAAGAACGAGAAAUUUGAGUUGGUCAGAAAUAGCCACGUUAUCUAAUAUAAUAACAUUAUCAAUUACACCAAAUCCAACAUGGUAAAUAUAAUUAUGUAGUGACUUAAGUGUUAAAUGAUACAAGCCCUAUAAAUUAUAUAAUGUAUAUAUUUUAUGAUCUACAGUGGUGUCGGAGAAGAGGUCACUGAAAUUAAAACUUUUUCACUACCGUAAUUUGGGGUGAAUAGGGACGAUUUUAUAACGGUUUUUUAUAGAUUACGAGCACAAUUUUUAUGAUAUCGAUGUCACGAAAACUGUUUUAGAAAGAUUACAUAUAUAGAAAUAUAUAAUAUACCAUAAAUAAAGUUAAAGUUCAAAAGUUUUUUUUUAUUUUUUUUUUAAAAAAGCGUCCCUAUUUACCCGUUAGUUGGGGUGAAUAGGAACACAGUUUAAAAAAGCUAGAUUUUCUUAUUUUUACAA